UAAAUCAUAAAAAUGGUGACAACACUCAACUUCAAAUCCCAAGAAAAAGCAAAGCCCAAAAGAAAACAAAACUGAAAACCUUAACAAAAUAUCAUAUAUAAUAAUGAUAAUGUAAACACUGAGAAUCAUGAUAUACAAGUCAAGAAAAGAAUGAUGAACAACAAGAAGAAAUCCCAGUCCGUUUCUUUUUGGUCAGAAAAGGCGCCUUUUUAACGUUAUAAACGUCUUCAAUGUGCGAAACAUUUCCCACUUUCUGCUACCUGUUAAUAUCUUCAAGUGGGUAUUUACUCAAUUUGCCAAUACUAUCGAUGGUUUUUUUUUCUCUGUCUCUUUGGGUAGUUUCUUUUGAUGUUCUUAGAGUUGCUUUAUUUAUUCAAUUGUGUCUGAUUUUAAGAUAAGGACUUGAAUUUGAUUUUUAUUUUUCUUCAUUUUGUCAUUGGGAAAUUCUAUAUCUCCACCGUUAUUUUACUGCAGUGGACUGCGUGGAUUUAAUAUAAGUGUUGCUUUUAGACUGCUGCAGCGCUGCCUGUCCUGAUAAAGUUGGUGUUCUUAAUCAUUUGCUUUCAUUGCAAGAGCAUGCUAGGUGAAUUUGUUCGAUUUGCUAUUUGGUCGUAAUUGCACAAGAUAUUGGCCUGCUGUGUAUGUUCUUCAUCUUAACUAUAAGACUAAAAAGAUUCCAAAAGAAACUGUUUAUCUAGUUUCGAGGAUGUGUGAUCAUUUUAUGAUAUUGGAGGAUAGAUUUCUCACUGAAUCCACUCUCGAAGCUGCUAUCCAGAGUAAAAACCUGUUGCAGCAUGCGUCACCAUUGAUUUCUCAAGAUAUGACCAGUAACUUUUCUUUCCAUAGGAUGGAUAUUGAAGCAGGAUCGUCACCGAGGAAAUUAGCAGAAUGCAAGAUUUGCAAAGAUGAGGAUGAAGCCUCGACCAUGGAGGUACCUUGUUCCUGUCGUGGGAGCUUGAAGUAUGCUCACCGCGAGUGUGUGCAAAGGUGGUGCAAUGAAAAGGGCGAUACCAUUUGCGAGAUUUGCCUUCAGCAAUUCAAGCCAGGUUAUACAGCUCCACCUCCUCUGUUUUAUUACGGUGGUAUUCCGAUGAAUUUUAGGGGAAAUUGGGAGAUAUCCCGAAUUGACAAUCCUCAAUUCAUAACAAUGGUUCCUGCUGGUGGCAAUUUUCUGGAUCCAAACUCCGUCGGGUAUCGUGUUCCAAAUACAAGAAGCAUGACGUGUUGCCGCAUGGUUGCCAUGAUUUUCUUGGUUCUUCUGGUAUCACGCCAUACUCUUCCAUUCUUCACUUAUGGAAGUGAUGAAUAUUCAGUUUCUCUCUUCAUGAUACUUAUCUUGCGAACAAUCGGAAUUCUUUUGCCGAUCUUUAUUAUGGUCAAAGCAUUAACUUGUGUUCUGAACAGAGGCAACCACCAGGUAGUAUCAUGAAUCUGGAAUCUUCUUUCUAAAUCGGUGGUGAUUCUUCAAUUCUCUCAUUCAGCACUGACUUUCAUACCAGAAGGAAGUUCCUGAGCUGGACGAUGGUGUCCUUUAGCAUCGUCAUGGUCAAGGUCACGAGAAGGUUUCGCUCCGAAUCGACAAGAUCCAUCCUUCUUCCUUAGUCUCCUGUAGAGUGAAUGCUCGCUCUAGAUAGAAUUGUCCACAUUAGCUUGUAACUUGUGCAAUUGGGGUAUUAUGACAUGUUUGACAGGACU